UCUCGUCCCUCCCACUUGCGCGAGCGAUGCGCCAGAUCCUGUGCGAGCCGUUUCAUCUGACAGACAAAUUUAUUUUUAAAAUUAGCCGCAUAAACAUCAAAAUUUUGAUAUGAUUGCGACCAAAAUGGCUGACAGAAUCGACGAUGCGCCUUCCUGAGAUCUAAUUAUGACAGAAGAAGCGUUUUAAUCGGCGCGAGGAUCGAUGGAGAGACUUUAAUAUCAGAUUGAACCGGUGAAACUCUGAUGAAUAAUGCCUGGGAGGUUAAAGGCGAAGAUUGUUGCCGGGCGGCACCUGCCUGUCAUGGACCGUGCCAGCGAUCUCACAGACGCCUUUGUGGAGGUGAAGUUUGGAAACACAACAUUUAAAACGGAUGUGUACCCCAAAUCCCUGAAUCCUCAGUGGAAUUCAGAGUGGUUCAAAUUUGAGGUGGAUGAUGAGGAUUUGCAGGAUGAGCCGUUGCAGAUAACUGUCCUUGACCAUGACACAUACAGCGCUAAUGAUGCCAUAGGAAAGGUGUACAUCGACAUUGAUCCACUGCUCUGCAGUGAAGCUGCUACUGUCAUUUCUGGCUGGCUUCCCAUCUAUGACACUAUACAUGGUAUAAGAGGGGAAAUCAACGUUCUGGUGAAGGUGGAUCUCUUCAACGACCUGAACCGCUUCAGACAGUCGUCAUGUGGGGUUAAAUUCUUCUGUACAACAUCCAUUCCCCGAUGUUACCGGGCUAUUAUGGUACAUGGCUUUGUGGAAGAGCUUGUGGUAAAUGAGGAUCCAGAGUACCAGUGGAUCGACCGUAUCAGAACCCCUCGUGCGUCCAACGAGGCCAGACAGAGACUCAUCUUUCUCAUGUCAGGCGAAUUGCAGAGGAAGAUUGGUCUGAAGGUGCUGGAGAUGGGAGGGAAUGCAGUGGUGGGGUACCUACAGUGUUUUGACCUUGAAGGAGAAUCAGGCCUUGUGGUUCGUGCCAUCGGGACAGCCUGCACACUUGAGAAAAUGAGCACAUUCCCUGCCACAGCCACACACCCCAACAACUCCUCUCCUUCAAAAGACAUGAAAGAGCCAGGGUUUGGGGAGGAGGCCCCAGGCGUCCCGUUAUCCUCAGGACCCCCCACCCCUCUGAGAGCACAAACCUUCUCCUCCUUCUCCCCCUCCAAGUCCUACAGUCGCCAGUCCUCCUCCUCUGACACCGAGCUCAGCCUAACCCCCAAAACCGUGGGGAUAUUUCUGUGUCCCAGUACUCCCGCCCUUGAGUCUGAAUCAUCUCCCCUCCCCUCUGCCCAUCUGCCCCUUCACUUACGGCCACGGAUGGCCUCCAGGAGUACAACUCCUCCCCCAAUCCAUGUCAGCCAAUCAGACUCAGCCAUGCUGAGAAAGAGCGUGUCUUUCAGUGAGGAACUGCUGCUGGCGGUCUCUGGAAUGGGAAGUGGCGGCAGUGCAGGAAAGGAGGCGGGGCCUCUUAAAGCUCUUCUGAAGCAGCAGACCCAAUCAGCACUGGAGCAAAGAGAAUACCCUUUCUUCACGUUGACCAUCUUCCCUCCUGGAUUUCUCCUUCAUGUGGGAGGUGUGGUCAGUGCGCGCUCAGUAAAGCUUCUGGAUCGAAUCCACAACCCAGACGAGCCGGAGACAAGGGAUGCCUGGUGGGAGGAGAUCCGUCAGGAGAUAAAGUCUCAUGCCAAAGCUCUUGGCUGCCACGCUGUGGUGGGCUACAGCGAGUCUACCAGCAUCUGUGAGGAGGUGUGUAUUCUAUCAGCGUCGGGCACUGCAGCGAUCCUCAGCUCUCGAUUCAUGCAGGACGGCCCUCUGGACACCGAACACAGGUUGUCACAGCAACCUCUUUGUUUUGAGGAGGUGGUGUCCCCUGGCUGUGGGUUUUGCCACAUACCGUACGAUGAGUUGAACAUACCAUUUCCUGCUCAGCUCACCUAUUGCUACUGCUGUCGCCGCUACAAAGUGCCCGAUGUCCUCUUCACCACAAUCGACCUGCCUACUGAAGCCAACGUCACCGGGAAGGGCUGCCUGAUUCAGGCCAGGCUGUGCAGGACUAAAAAGAAGGCCCAGGGAGAAGGGAACGCCAUGGCCAUUAGUAAUCUUCUGCCAUUUCUAGAGUACGAACUCCACACACAGCUGAUGAACAAACUGAAGCUACGAGGCAUGAAUGCUUUGUUCGGACUACGUAUCCAAAUCAGCGUGGGAGAGACCAUGCUGCUAGGAUUAGCGUCUGCAACAGGAGUUUAUCUGACAGCUUUACCCAGUCCUGGAGGAAUCCAGAUUGCGGGAAAAACUCCCAGUGACAUCACAUACGAGCAGCACAUCUCCAAUAUGCAGAAGAAAAUCAAUGACACCAUUACUAAAAACAAAGAACAGUAUGAAAUCAACCCUCCUGAGGUUGUCGAAGAGAUCAUUGGUUCGCCGAUCCCUGAGCCCCGUCAGAGGUCUCGUCUCUUUCGUUCUCACUCAGAGAGUUCAGAUGAGGUGUCAGAAAUAGACUUAUCCCAUGGGAAGAAGGAUGCCUUUGUGUUGGAGAUUGAUGACACGGAUGCUGUGGAAGAUAUACAUGCACUUCUGACUGAUUCCCCCACCCCAGCAGGAUUCUACAGCUGCAACACUGAAAUCAUGCCUGGGAUUCAGAACUGGACUUCAGCUAUACAGAUGUUUACCUCCGUGAGGGUCUUCCGACUUAACGCCAACUUGACCAAUCAGGGACUGAAUAAGAUUUUCAGUGACCUCUGUGAGAACCUGCUUAAGAGUUUGUACUUCAAACUGCGGUCGAUGGUCCCAUGCUGUCUUUGUCACCUGAACUUCACAGUGGCCAUACCUGAAGAUGAGCUUAUUCAGGUGGCGGUAACAGCUGUGGCAAUGAGCUUUGACAAAGAGCAGACUUUAGAAAAUGGCAAACGAAGUGGGGAAAAGACACUGAUAAAGGCCAUAACAGAAAAUGACGAGCAGCUUCAGUUCAAUCUGGAGCUCAAUGCUGAAACAUCUUCUCCCAAUCCUCUCGGCUCCCCCAAAGGUCUAUCAGAGGUUGGCAGCCAUCCAUCAGCAAGAGCCCCCUCAGUUGAUUACAGUUCCUUUGCAGACAGAUGCAGCUCCUGGAUAGAGCAGCUUAAACUGAAAGCUCACACCAUAAGACGCGGAUCGGUUAAAACAACAUCAUCUAUGGAGAAGGCCAGCCCGUUGCCUGAAGGUCGCUCUCGUUCUCUUCGGUCAAAUCGUUCCUACUCGGGCAGUUCUGUUGCAGUGGUCAAAAUGACCCCGCUCUCUUUCAUUCCUGGAGCAAAGAUCAUCAAAUACCUUGGCAUCAUCAACAUGUUCUUCAUUAGAGAGACCUCCUCACUCAGAGAGGAGGGAGGUGUAAGUGGGUUUCUGCAUACGUUUAUUGCUGAAGUAUUUGCGAUGGUUCGCGCCCACGUCGCUGCUCUCGGAGGAAAUGCUGUCGUCUCCUACAGCAUGAAGGAGUGUGUGUUCAUGGAGAACCCUAACAAGAACCAGGCGCAGUGCCUAAUUAAUGUCAGUGGGGACGCUGUUAUUUUCGUCCGAGAAUCUGAACUGGAGUUGACUUCGGUACAGCCACAGUCAGCCACAACACAGACCUCCAACGGCGGGGAAGGAACGUGAAUCAACAGACACACCGAUAAACUCUAAAGUAAACAAGUCUUAACAUGAACCAUGCCAUUUGAAGCAGUUUCACACUGAAUCUACCAAGCAAAUCUCCAAAAAGAAGCAAAAAUCUAGACCUUAGUGGUUAGUUCUCCCAGGUGUCAUAUUUUAGACCCUUUAAAUGGCCAAUAUUUAGUUUUAUUACAGAAUAUUUUAAAAUUCCUCCAUCGGAAGCCUUUCAGAAAAGUUGUGUAUUGGCCGUUGUUGUUCACAUUCCAUUUUGUCCGUAUGUGAUGGAGGCAGCUACCAAAUUCAAAAGGUCUAAAAAAUGCGUCUUUUAUGUUCGCAAAGAGUGUGUAAAUGCGUCAGAGACUCUCUAAAUGGCCAUGUUUUGUAUUUAAAUAAAGGUAUAAACUACUGAAGCACUCACAUGGACAUCCGGUUCAUGAUUUUGAAUACUGGUUUCAAAUAAGACACUUCCUGUCACGUCCUACUGAUCUCUUUAAAAUCAUGUCAUAUGCUGGAAACGUUUGUUUGCUUUCAUGUGCCACAAUGUAUGCUUUUAUUUAAUCAUAAUGUUUUGGUCGGACUUCUGCAAGGCGGUCCGAUUCUCUUGCAUGUGCAAUGCCAGUUAAUCAUAAAAAAGAAGGAGAUAUUUUAGGGUGGAGUUGUCGUUCACCAUGGACUGACAUUUGAAUGUACAGAUGAUGGGUCUGGAUAUGAAGGUGGACGACUCUGCUCUUGUGUGGACUGACUUUAAUGCUGUUAUUUUGUAUAUGUGUUUGCCUGAGGACGAAUCUAAAUUGCACAUUAAUAAGAUAUAAUUGAAUAAAUCUAUUAUUGCUCUGA